UUUAGUAAAAAUCUAUUUUUAGUAUGUGUUAAGUAUAUUUAUUAUGAGUGUAUACAAAGAAAAAAAUAUUUAACAAUAUUAAGUUUAAGACUAAAAUAUACUGCAAGUAAAAUAACGAUUUAUCUUAUCUUUUUGAAUCAUGAGAUCAAUCACUUGGUUUAUAGUUUUCUGUGUUUUCAUGUUCAUCGCUUUAAACCAUGUUAAAGGACAAUUGAAACCAACAGGGUGUCAAGUUGGACAAAGUUACCGUGGAAAAUGUUGAACUAACGAAACCAAGAUGUGCCUACAUGAUUUGAAGCCACCUAAACUACUAGAAACUAAGCGUUGUGAUUGUCAAGACAUGCUUGGGACAUUUAAGGGCUGGCAUUUCUGCACAUGUUAUAGUGGUCGUCCUGGCUGCUAAGUUUUACUAAUACCUUUUUCAUAAAAAUCUAUUUACUAAUACCUAUAAUUUCAAGUCUUUUUGGUGUUGAUCUAAUAAACGAUAUAUCUUAUUAUAUAAA